AUGGCGGCGGCCGGCGGCGAGAGCAUGAUGACGAGGGAGCAGCUGCUCCACCUCUUCUCCCGCUUCUCCUUCCUCACCUCCCUCCCCGAGGUCAAGCAGCGGAUUGCCGACGCUGUCAGGGACAAGCAGGAGGCUGUGGCCGUGACCACUGAAAUACAAGAGGAGAUUCUUCGUGAGAUGGGAGUAGAUCCAAGUUUCGGUAUUGGUUGCCUAGGAAAGGUCAACAUUGUUUACGAAAAUGACAAGGACUUGAUGAUUAAAUUCUAUCAAUUUGUUGCCAAAGAAGAAAUGGCUAUUGAUGAAGCUGAGCUUGAACCCAGAGAAUUAGCUGAAAAACUACAUGCUCAACAAAUAAUACAAGAACAGCAACUGAACAUGCUAGUUGAAAUGAGGAAAUAUAGCCCAGAGAGCCAAUCUGUUAUACUUGGGACUUUGCACAAAGAAUUGGAAGAAGCUAAUUUUGACAUCAAUGCAUCGAUCUUGAGUCCAGAGCAAAUCCAACAGAUUGUUCAAAAGUGA